UAUGAAUAAUGAAUAUAUAUAUUCAUUAUCUAAAAAAGAUAAUUAUAUAUAUAAGGAUAGAAUUAAAAAUACUAAAAAGAUAGGAUCUAAUUAAUAAGAGAGAUGUAGUUGUUGGUUUAAGAUAAGAGGAUGGUAGAAAAAUUAUAGAAAAAAAGGAGAAGUGAAGUAAGGGAAUAGAUGAUUGAAUGAUAGUUAUGAGAG